UGAACAACCACCUGCCGACUCCUGACUCAGGCUCUAAUUUUGCAUUUUUUUUCAUUGACAUUAAUUGGACACAUUUGUGCUCAGCGAAACUGUCGCAAACCAGCUGAACAUGUCACUUUGUUCUGGCGCUCUGGCCCCUGUACGACGGGAUGGCGUUGCACCGUGUGGCUCAAAGCACAUAGCCAGUCAGUUGUUUGUGCAGUUGAAAAAUUUUUGUAGUUGCUUAGUUUGCAGCAUUUUGCGGCAGUCGUAUCUAUGGUGAUGGGCAUUCCCGUGAGUGGCCCAAGGGCCAUUAACGAGCUGUUGUUCGACAGUCUUCUGUUUUUUGACAGAGGAGACAACUCGCGGAUGUUCGACACACAUUUGCCAAACUGUGGUUGUGUGGGCGGAGUUAAAGCUGCUCUAAGACGGCAAAAGUACCGAGUGACGCGUGUGGACCGCCUCCCAUGUUUGCUACUCGUUCUCGGCUACUCAUUCUCCCGUCAGAGGCUUUGGCACCUGAACGCCAAGUAUUUGAAGGAGGAAUCGGGCUUUGGAGUUGACACUACAAAUUCUCAAGGCCCCUAUGGAAGCCUCGAAGAAGGUGCUGUGGCCUGCGGAGAAACCCUCCAGCCAUGAUGAGCUUUGCUUGCACCUGGCCCAGCUGCGGUGUGAGCGAGACAUGGAGGAGGUCACUUUCCGGAAGGAAUGCGAGGCACUUCUUGCUACCGCCGUGGACCUCAGGGCAGACCGAAGGAUGCUGGAAGAGGAGACAGCUAGAUGGGAACGAAUUGCGACGGUGGAGGCUGAUGUUGAAGAGAGAAGUUGUGCGAGGAGUGAGAAGACUCAGCGAACUUUGCUGAACGAACUCGAGGAAGGUCAGAAUGAGUUGAGAGCUGCCUCGGCUUCACUUCGAGGGGUUGCUGCGGACUGGGUUAUUGAAGAUGAGCCAGAGAAGAGACUAGAGCGAUCUGAGGCAGAAUGCCGCCAUGCGACACAUUGCAAAGCAGAGUUCGAGGAGGCGCUUUCGGUCUCAAAGCAAUUGGUGCACCGUUUGCGGAAGAAGCUAGACUCGCAUACCGAGGACACCCUUCGUUCCAGUGCUUCAACUGCAAAGAUGGCUGGCAGACGUGGAUUCCAGGACCUGGAUCAACUUCGCCAAGAAGUGCGCCGCCUUGGUGUCCAAGUAGAGAUUGCAGAGCAAGAGUGUGGAGAAGAGGCCAAGUUGCUUUGGGAUAAAAAGGAUACAGAGCUUCCACGCCUUCGUGCCGCUGAGCGCGAGAGGCAACAACUUGUUGCAAGGCUGGGUCAGGCGCGCUACGAUCGCGACCACCUCGAGCGAAACUUCACUCGAAUUAUCAAUGGUUUACAAGAGCAUGAGGCGCGCAUGGAGCAACAAUCUCAACAGCUUUCCGAAGGGCUUUUCCUUUGUCGCCGGGAGGGAGAGGAGAUGGUCGCAACAAUGAAGGAUAACGACCGCAAUAUUGCAGAGAUGCGGAAGGAGCGAUGGGAGACAGAGGCGUUCAUCGAGCACCUCAGCAAGCAAGUUGCAAAACUCGAGGACGAACGGAACUCGCUCAAGACCAGUCUUGGGCAUGAACCAGGCGCUUUGGCAGGCAUAGACCAUGAUGUACGUGUAAACGUUCUCACCUUGGUGGAUGCUACUGAUGCACAUCUCAUUUCUCGUCAAGAGCAGGAGGCGUGUGAAGACCUGGUGCAAGAUGAAGCAGAUUCAGAGGCUGUGGUGGAAGAAAUACAGCAGCAGGAGUGCAUGUUGCAGAAGUUGGAGAGUCGCAAUGCUGAACUUCGAUCAGAGGUUGGUGCGUGCAAGCCUUUGUUGCCCUGAACUUGCAGCUCAUUCAGGUGAAGUAACUCUGGCGUAUGCGUAACUUGAAGCGCCGAUUGUUUGUUG